AUCAAGAACAUGGGCAUGAAGUCAGGGGCAACGCUGAAGAUCAAGGGCAAGAUCACCAAUGAUGCUGAUGGCUUUGAAAUUAAUCUGGGCCAGAGGGCUGAGAAACUGAACCUGCAUUUCAACCCACGCUUCAAGGAGUCCACUAUUGUUUGCAACUCUUUUGAUGGCUGCUGGGGCCAGGAGCAACGUUCAAAUCACCUGUGCUUCCGCCCAGGGUCAGAUGUCAAGUUCAUCAUGACCUUUGAGAAAGACCAGUUCAAGGUGACACUGCCAGAUGGACACGUGCUGACCUUUCCCAACAGGCUGGGCCACUGCCACCUGAGCUACCUGAGCGUGAAGGGGGGGUUCCAGAUCUCCUCCUUCAAGUUUGACUGA